AACUUAAUUAAGCGAAAUAAUCUUGGAAAUGUAUUGUGAGCACCAUUCAGCAAUACUUGCGCCCUGUACGCAACUGACAUCAAAUGUGUAAAAGAUCAAUUCAAAAUUCAAAAGUUUUUUUUUAGUUUUGUAGUAUGUUUUUUGUACACCUGAUUUUGUUUUACUCUAGUUUACUGCGUAUAAUCUUUCCUCCGAGACGGGAAGUUUAGGGUUUCACUUUCGCACUCGCCACAAUAACCCAGUGUUUGAUAUUGCGCACGUUUGUACAGAAUGCGAGGAAUCAUAUUUUAACAUACAGAAAAACAUCUGAAUCAGUUUAGUAUACCGAAAGUUGUUAAAAGCAGGUGCCGUUUUUAGAUUGGUUAUGCAUACAAUUCAAAAAAGAUCAAGAAAAAGUUCACCGUAUUUUUUAAAAAAACACUCAUAUUGAAACACCGCAAAACGAGGGGUUAUGAUUUUUUUGACGUUUUUACUCUGCAUUGUGAAGUUCGGGUUGGCUUUCAAUGCUGGAACUAUAAACGCAAAGUCCGUACAAUAUGAAUUCUUCACAGCUGCUUCGGAUAUGGAGAUUUUACAUAAAGUUGAAAAAAAAUUAGGGAAAAGAUUUCUCAAGUAUGUCAAGGCAGAAGAGAAGAGGCUGAAUGAAUUGGAGAGGUACAUUCGGCAGAUCGAGCAGACGCUACCACCUAGAACACUCGUGCCUGGCAAAGAACAAUUAUGGGUUACAGGCAUGUCAAACUCGUAUGGCAUUUUAAAACGAUUUACAAAGUUUUGGAAUAUAAUUUCAAAAUAUUCCAAAACUAACACAUCGAAGAAAUACAUGGAAAAAGUCAAAUCCGACAUUGAAAGGUUACGAAGGGCUUACCCAAGUCAGGACGAUCUUAGAGGAGCACUCGCGGCUGUCUUUCGUAUACAAGAUACGUAUGAUAUUUCACCAGCUAUGUUUAUCAACGGGUUAGAUAAACAAUCGCACAUCCUUACUAUGGAAGAAAUAUUUGAGAUGGGAUUUCUAUGUGUGGGCGUAGGGGAUUAUUACCAUGCACAAAUGUGGUUCAAAGAAGCUCUGUAUAGGUUCCCACCUGAGGUCAAUCAAGUUGGAUUUCUUGACAGAUUGUCACUUAUAGAGUACCUUGCGUGGUCCGAAUAUCAACUGGGAAACUUGGAAGACGCUCUGAAACACACUCGCAAUAUUGUAAAAUUAAACCCAGCCCAUCCGUCGGCUAAAAUUAACUUGGAAUUAUUUCAGAAUGAACUCGACAAAGCAAAAUCUGAUCCGACAAUAAGGAAAAAAUUUAAAGUAUUUCGCCAACAUUGGGAGACUAAAUAUGCGAAAUUGUGUAAGGGUGAAGAAAAAAUGGAACAAGCUAUCAAGGAUAAACUGUUAUGCAAAUACAGCCAGCACAGACCUCGAUUUAUUUUAAAACCUUUGAAGAUGGAGUUUGCCUAUAACGAUCCUGAAAUUAUAAUCUACCACGAUUUGCUGAGAGAUCACGAAAUGGAACACAUCAAGAAGAAAUCCAUUCCUCUCCUAAACCGCGCCACAGUACACCAUCCCGAAACUAACCAAUUGGUAUACGCAGAUUACCGCGUUUCGAAAAGUGCUUGGAUUGCACCGGAAAUGGACGAAGUAGCGGCAAAUAUUAUUAAUAAAGUCGGUCACGUUGUAAACUUAAAUAUGAGAUAUUCCGAGGAACUACAAGUCGCGAAUUAUGGUUUAGCCGGGCAGUACGAACCACAUUUUGACCAUUCAACUUUAAAAAAUCCAAAACCCUUCAAAAAAUACGGCGGAAAUCGAAUAGCCACAAUGCUUAUGUAUAUGUCCGAUGUGCAGUACGGAGGUUGUACAGUGUUUACGAACACCGGCCCCGGUGUUUUAGUAAAACCGGAAAAAGGUUCCGGAGUUUUUUGGUAUAACCUGUUACGGAACGGAAAAGGCAAUCCAAAAACGCAACAUGCGGCUUGUCCUGUAGUACUAGGUCAAAAAUGGGUAUCAAAUCUUUGGAUUCACUCAGAUGGACAGGAAUUCAACAGACCGUGUAGUUUAAACAAAGACGAGUAAAAUACCCAGCCAGUAAAAUUGUUGUUAAUUAUAAAUUAGUCAAUUUGGGCGACCUAUAAAAGUGACAAAAAAAUAUUUUUUGAAAACUGGGAGACAUCACAAUCGAGACAUAAUAAUAAUCGAGAAGGUGUACAUACGUGCUAGUGUAUAUUUAAAAUAAAUUUUAUCGCAAAUCUACAAAUAAGUACAAUACUUUA